AUGGAGCCCUUUCGCGUGCGCCUCAACUGUAUUGAUCACUAUCAGGCGGCUGCGUCGGAGUUAGAUCCUCCUCUUCCCUUCCGCGAUGGCGUCACAGAAAACGAUUACAGACCCAGACUACCAGUGAUUCGAAUCUUUGGGGCCACUGAAACUGGCCAACGCGUUUGCGUGCAUGUGCAUGGCGCGUUUCCUUAUCUGUACAUUGAAUACAAUGGGCCCUUGGCGCCCGAAGCGGUGAGCUCGGCGAUUCGCACGCUUCACCUCUCCAUCGACCAUGCUCUAGCUGUUAGCUAUCGGCGCAAUGCCUAUGACAGGAAGACUGCCUACGUGGCACACAUCAGCCUGGUCAAAGGAAUCCCUUUCUACGGCUAUCAUGUCGGCUACCGGUCGUUCCUCAAAAUUUACCUGCUGAAUCCCUUCAACAUUACGCGACUGGCAGACCUGCUUCACCAAGGGGCAGUGAUGAAACGACCGCUGCAACCCUAUGAGAGCCAUCUACAGUACGUCCCACAGUGGAUGUGCGAUUACAAUUUAUAUGGAUGCGGAUACAUGGAUUGUAGCAAAGUCAGAUUUCGAUCACCGGUACCGGAAUACCUUGAGCUCAAUAGCCUGGAUCAUCGCUGGCACGACCGUUCCAUUGGCAUUGAAAGUAUUCUCAAUGAUCCAGCUCUCCAGAAACAAAGUCAUUGCCCUCUUGAGGCAGAUAUUUGUGUACAGGACAUCUUAAAUCGAUUCGAUGUGAAAGAGCGACCCUUGCACCACGACUUUUCGGAGCUUUUGAGACCCGUUGCUUUUAACGAGCGAUUAGUCCCAAGUGUGGCUGGACUCUGGCAAGACGAGACUCGGCGGCGAAAAAAGCGAAUGGGAAUUACUGAUCCUGACAGUAGCCCAUUCGGCCCUGAAGAACUAGUGUCGAUGUCUGCUGACCCAAGGAACCAAUCCAAGGGAGGCUGGAUCCAUGAAGAUGAAUUCCGAGAGAUGGCCCUUCAAAUGACUGUUGAUGAGAAGCACGAAGACAAUGACAAGGAAACUGCUUUGGAAACAUUCCUAGAUGAUGACACAAAUGUUGAAGGUAUCAAGACAGCUUUUGCCAGCGUGGAAGAUUUUUAUCCAGACAAGUUCCAUAAUUCAACACUUCAUAAUCACCAUCUCGAGGAAGCAGCCGGAGGAGAGAUAAAUCAUGUUUCUGUUGAUGAAAGCCUCGCACUAUCUUCCCAGGCAGAUGAGCCAUACCAAUCUGACCAUGAAUAUUCGGAUGAGCCAUCAAGGGAAAACGAGGCCGAACAAGAAUCAAAAGAACUCCGUCCUCAAGCAAGUGAACCCCUAGAGGAGAGCUUCUAUGAUGGUGUAUUUGAUGAGUUCCCUCAAGUGGACGAAGAGACGGACUUGCCGAAGGAGAAAAAACCAGCCAAGCCCGUUCCUCAGGGCUCCGAUGAUGCGCAGAACAAUUUCCCGACAGAUCCUUCGAUUGAUGAAACCAAUUCGAUCGAUGAAAACAAGGCUACUUUGAAAAGACGACGCUAUGAGGCUGUCAAUAAUCAAGAAUCCCCCAUUCUCAAGAAAGCCAGGUUUUGGAGCGAAUCCACCAUAUCUAGUUCGGCAAGAAAGUCAAAGGGAAAAGUAAAUCAACCCGAAGAUACCGAAAUUGGUGAAGCCAUCCAUGUUCGAAGGAACUUGGACCAUCAUACUGAAGAUAUUACGCCAUCCUCAGACUCCAAAUCAUCAUCCCAGAGAACAAUUCGUCCGAAACCCAUGAAUACUACACCCAACAGCAGGCUGAAUUUCCCCGUUGUGAAAGACCCCAAUGAUCCGCUCACAAUUUUGCGAUUCAGCCAAGAGGAUACAAAUACCUUGCCAAGGAAAGACCGGGAAUGCUCUCAGCGGAUGCUCAGCUCAUUUCCAUCUGAGUCAACAACUGGUGGCAUAUCAGGGGAUGCCAGUAAAGUCGAUAUGACUUCUUCAUUGACUCGAUCUUCCUUAACAGUAGCACAGCCCGUCGCUGAGCUCAAUCGCCAUGUCGCCACAAUCAAGUCAAAGCUCAAUCAGUCAUUUCAUUUCCACCAAAAGAGCACUCUGCGUCUUUUCAGAUUUGCCAGUCCAAGUGCCCAUGAAGUUGCCUUGACUAUGAAUGACUAUGGCCAACCCGCGGUGGUUUAUCAAAGUGCUUACUAUAGUAAUGAUGCCGAUGUACCUGAAAGACCCCGACAAUAUGCCGGUAGAGAGUUUCGAUUGAAGAGCAAUUCUAUACAUUUUUUGCCCGAUUUCAACCCGUCUGCCAAUCUGCCGGCUAUGUUUGACGAACAGCAACAGCCCUCAAAUUUCUUCGACCGAGACCAACAAGACAAGAUUGACCAAAAGCUCCGAGAAUCAUGCACUUUUAAAGUGUGGGAAUUUGCGCCAGUUCCGCCCAGUAGAUCUGAGGUUAUCGAGUGGUUUGAUAAAUUCGAAGCGAGUCGCAGAGCAAACGUCAACAACACCUCAUCGACAAAGCCCAGUGUUCCAUCCGAAAGAAAGAUUGAGGCGUUGUCACAGAUCGAAGGCCCAACACAACUAAAUCCAUACGGGUUCAAAUAUUCUCAAAAGGCAAAGACUACAAGCGUCGAGCACCAAACGCAAUACAUGAGCACCAUGAGCCUGGAAGUGCAUGUAAAUAACCGUGGAGCUCUAUCGGCCAAUCCAGAUGAGGAUGAGAUCGUUUGCAUCUUUUGGUGCCUUCAAUCCGAGGAUGAGGACUUGGAGGUCAAUAGUAAUAUACCUGGCACGCAUGUUGGAAUGGUGUACCAGGGUGAAGGCAAGAGACCUGAAUCAACAGUCUCCAAAGCCUUGAGAAUUGAGAUCGAACACGAACCGACAGAACUUGAUUUGAUCAACCGAUUGGUUGAUAUUGUUCGUUAUCAUGAUCCAGAUAUCAUCACCGGUUACGAAGUUCAUAACGGCUCCUGGGGAUACGUGAUUGAACGAGCUCGAAAGAAGUACGAUUUCGAUCUUUGUGAUGAGCUGGCUAGGGUUAAGUCACAAUCUCACGGGAAAUUUGGCAAGGAAGAUGAUCGCUGGGGCUUCAACCACGCAUCGUCAAUUCGAGUAACCGGUCGGCACAUGAUCAAUAUUUGGCGAGCCAUGAGAGGCGAGCUCAAUCUUUUGCAGUAUACUAUGGAGAAUGUCGUGUUCCACUUGCUGCAGCGCCGAAUUCCUCACUAUUCAGCACAGAAUCUCACACAGUGGUACCAGAGCGGGAAGCCUCGUAACGUGCUGAAAGUCAUUGAGUAUUUCACGUCCCGUGUUCAAAUGAAUCUUGAAAUUCUUGAAGCCAAGGAGUUGAUCCCACGAACCAGUGAGCAGGCCAGGCUACUCGGAAUUGACUUCUACUCUGUCUUUUCUCGGGGCUCCCAGUUCAAAGUCGAGUCCCUCAUGUUUCGAAUCGCGAAGCCGGAAAACUUUUUGCUUGUAUCACCCAGCAGGAAACAAGUUGGGCAGCAAAAUGCCCUAGAGUGCUUGCCCCUAGUUAUGGAGCCGCAAAGUGACUUUUACACGAGCCCUCUUCUGGUUCUCGACUUUCAGUCACUUUACCCCAGCGUUAUGAUUGCUUAUAAUUACUGCUACUCGACAUUCUUGGGUAGAGCGGCUCGAUGGCGCGGUCGGGAUAAAAUGGGCUUUUUGAAUUACAAGCGACGACCACGGUUGCUGGAACUGCUCAAAGAUAAGAUCAAUAUCGCACCAAAUGGAAUGAUGUACGCGAAACGAGAAGUACGCCAGUCUCUAUUGGCGAAGAUGCUUACCGAGAUUCUCGAAACCCGUGUAAUGGUCAAAACUGGCAUGAAAGCUGACAAGGAGGACAAAAUAUUGCAAAGCUUGCUCAACAAUCGACAAUUGGCUCUCAAAUUGAUUGCCAAUGUCACAUAUGGCUAUACUUCUGCAUCGUUCUCUGGUCGAAUGCCAUGCUCGGAAAUUGCAGAUAGUAUCGUGCAAUCCGGACGUGAGACGCUCGAAAAAGCAAUUGCUCUGAUUCAUUCAGUCGAGAAAUGGGGUGCCGAAGUUGUAUACGGAGACACUGACAGUUUAUUCGUGUAUCUCAAGGGCCGCACACGUGAUCAGGCUUUCGACAUAGGUGAAGAAAUCGCUCAAGCAGUCACGGAAAUGAAUCCUCGCCCUGUGAAGCUGAAGUUCGAGAAAGUUUACCAUCCAUGUGUACUUCUAGCCAAGAAGCGCUACGUCGGAUUUAAAUAUGAACAUCGCAAACAAACCGAACCCGAAUUUGACGCCAAAGGCAUUGAGACCGUUCGGCGCGAUGGGACUCCUGCUGAGCAAAAAAUCGAAGAGAAAGCCCUCAAGAUCCUUUUCCGUACCGCAGACUUGAGUCAAGUGAAAUCUUACUUUCAGCGACAGUGCAGCAAGAUCAUGCAAGGUCGUGUCUCGGUACAAGACUUCUGUUUUGCUCGUGAAGUUCGCCUAGGCACCUACAGUGAACGUGGGACACUUCCUGCCGGGGCAAUGAUUAGCACCAAGCGUAUGCUCGAAGACCCCCGCCUGGAACCGCAGUACGGUGAGCGAAUUCCUUACGUCGUUGUCACGGGUGCACCAGGCUCUAGACUCAUCGACCGCUGUGUGGCCCCGGAAGAACUGCUAAAUGAUGCACAAAUGGAACUGGAUGCCGAAUAUUAUAUCUCGAAGAACAUCAUUCCUCCACUGGAGCGUAUCUUUAACCUUGUUGGUGCAAAUGUACGCCAAUGGUAUGAUGAGAUGCCCAAAGUACAGAGGAUCCGGCGAGUCGAGACUACCUUUUCCUCGACCCUUUCACGUCCGAACCGCGAACUCGGAAUCUCGAAGAAAACGCUUGAGUCGUACAUGCGGUCAUCUUCUUGUGUCGUCUGUCGCACUAAACUAUCUGAUACUGCUGUUCCAGUGUGCGCCAAAUGUCUUCAGAGCCCUCAUAUUGCGCUAUUGGAUGUUGUUUCCCGAAUGCAGCGUGCAGAGAAGCGUGUCGUUGAUCUGGAAACUGUGUGCCGGUCUUGUAUGGGUGUUCCUGCCGGUGAUAUUGUUAGUUGUGAUAGUAUGGAUUGUCCUGUCUUCUACUGCCGGACCCGAGACAAAGCCAAUUGGCGACAUUUGAGGGCUGUUUUGGGACCAGUAAGAGAAUUACUGGAGAAGACGGGAGACGAAGGACUGGAUUGGUAA